AGGCCUAAGGGUAUUUGAAGCUUGCUAGGACAAAAGAAAUUUUCGCUGCUUACAGACCGAUGCAGAGCAGCUUCUAACAUCGUUCAACCCAAAAUCUAGGGUUUCAUUCCCUCUCUAGAGCUUGUACGUUUAAGGGAACAGCUCAAUCGAUUUUCAGUUUACAUCAAAUGUUCGAUCUCCAUUUGAUUUGGUCCAACCCAAAGCUCAAACUCAGUUUACUUUCGAAACGAAAGGGAAACCACAAAAGGAUAUUUAGUAGGAGAAAGGAAUAAAGUUGACCAAGACCAGUGAAGAUGGACCAAGCAACUCAAGGGAACAACCCUGAUGCUUCAGCAAACAUCCUUGUAAAGAGGAAGCGUGGCCGUCCGCGGAAGUAUCCCAAGACAAAUGCAGAAGACAGUGUUCGCAUUCCAAAGAUUCAGAAAAUGAACAGAGAAGAAAAUAUUGGUACACCACCUGGAUUUGGAGGGGUGAAUGGAAAUCAGCCAAGUCAAGUCACUGCAAAUAAUAAUACAAUAAAUGAUGCCAUGGUGGGCAAGGCAGUCUCUGGCGUAAUUGAGGCAGUGUUCGAUGCAGGAUAUUUGUUGUGUGUCAAGGUUGCCAACUCGGACACCACUUUGAGGGGCGUUGUCUUCAAGCCUGGACGAUAUGUUCCUAUUUCAAGAGAGAAUGAUGUGGCUCCAAAUAUUCAAAUGAUCAGAAGAAGUGAAAUUCCCCUCCCAACUGAACGUCAUAAUGCUCGCACCUCCGGAGAGAGGAAGGAACAAGUGAAUACUCGUAGAGAUGGUACUCAUUCACACAAUGAAUCCCCAACUGCCAAUCAGGUACGGAAAGUUGCAUCCUCUUCUGCUAACCAUGUGGGAUCUAAAGGCAAUAAGGUUCCUCCAGUGGCUUCCCAAAAUGCUUAUCCAGAUCCUGCUGCAACUUCAAGAGUUAACUUGGUGCCUGUUGCACUUCAACCCUCUAGUUUAUCAAAUGGGUUAUCCCUUGUUGGCGAGCCAACUCCUCCUGCAACCCAAUCUUCUCAUCUUGCUACUGUAAAAGGCAAACAAGUUAAACAAGCUGUUCACCCAUCAAGUGGGUCAAUCUCCACAAAUCAGGGAUUAAUAGUUGGAAGCCAAGAAGUUCAUUCUCAGCCUCAGACAAGAAAGAUGCCUGAAGAAGUUGUGCAAAACAAAGAUAACAGUUAUGAACAGCCCCCAGUGGAUAUGCUUGAUGCUGAAACCAAAUCAAUGAAAUUGCCUGGUAUGCCUUUCGAAAAGCUGGUGACUGAGGUAAUAAAAAGAAUUGAAACCCCCUCACAAUUGGCUGAGACUCAAAUUGUUGAUAACAAGCGAGGUGAUAAGAUGUCAGCAAGGGAUGAAGAUAAUACCAACAAUAAGGAUAUGGCCCUUGACAUUGAGCCCCUGCAAGCCGUGCAGCUCGAAGAUAAUCACCAUCCUUCACCUUCUCCUAAACCUAUGGAGGAUGACAGAAAUCGAAAAAUGUCUCGACUGUUGGAGGUUGUGCAGGAAACCAUGACAGAGAGCCGGGUAACCCUGAUUGAUGAGUCAGCUUCCACACAAUUGUUGAGGGGAAGGCCGAGCCCAGUAACCGAGAGCAAAGAUAGAGAAAUCAAUGAUCUAAAACAAGGCCCCUGAGCCUUUAGUGUCAGAGUCCAUGUCUCCCAUCUUUAACCAUUGACAUUGAUUGUUGAGUAGAACAGUAUAAGUUAUCAUGUAGUUAAAUUAAUCAUAGGACGGUGGAGAAUGUUACAGCCUAACAAGGUUAACAUGUAGAGGUUGGGGAUCCAUUUUCGGUGAAAAAGAACAGAUUUGCAGUGGGAGCUAAUUCUUUUUAUUUUAUUUGUAUCAUCACCGUCUUGAUUAAAUUUUCAAUUCCAGGCA